AUGACUUCUGGGACAUAUGGUAGUACCAGCGCUGUUCUUAUGCCUUCUCUUCCGCGGGCUCAUCAAUGUCAUAUUUCUACCGGUGCAUACCAUGACCUAUUAAUGGCUGAGAGUUUUCAUUCUGUCGUCGUCCAGGCUCACCUGGCUGGUGUGGGCGGUGGCGUCAAGGGGGCGUCGAAAAGUGAGGCCAUAGGGUCCACCCGUUUCCCCGGGAUCUUUGCUAGGGCCAUACCCGAGCCGGUGGCCGAGAUCCUGCAGGACCGUGAAGCGUCAUUGGAUACGCCUCAUGAUUAUUGUCGAAUCAUUCUUGAACCUCUGUCAGCUCUUUCAAACACACCGCAGCACCCACGAAGAUCUCACCGCUCUUCAGACUGGACGUCUUCAGCAGACCGCAUCUUCAGCUUCAGCUGUGCAUUAUAUACCGUGUAG